CCUUCGCUUAAAGGUAAGAAAGGAUCUUCAAUGUCUGGCAUUAUCAACAUUUGUGCUUGCUCCAAUGCAGGCUAAAACUGUUAGUCACUGAAACUUUUCAGAAAUUGAGUAGGAAACUUACAUUCAUGUUGUAGAAGUGUAUAUCUUUGUCGAAAGUAACAAAUCCAACCUUUGAACCCUCAGGAAUCUUGCGCCCCUCGGAAUCAGAAUCACUCCCGUAAAGAGCGAUCAUAAUACCCUCACAGAAUGACUCCAGAAAACCCUUAUUGAAAGCCUCUUGGCCAACAUCAAUUAAAAAGAGCCAUCUCAAUCCAACAGGCUCCUUAUUCCAAUAUUCUUUUGGAACCAAGAACUCCACAGUUCCUCGCAUCAAUUCUGGUCUUGACUCUCGAUCAACGCGUGCCCCCUGAGGGCUAGUCGCGCAGAAAUAUUCCGGAGGACAAUCAUUUGCAUAAUUACACAUGUUGCACACAAACUUGUUUCCUCCUGAUCGGAAAACCAUAAAAGGAUUAAUAUAGGCUCGACAACGGUGACAUCUGGGAGGGCCAAUCUCGCCAAAGUCCAAGACCGGAAUUUCCAACUCUCCAGCCUGCAAAGGAGCAAGAGGUUGUAAAAGUAAUCCGAGGGGUAGUCCAGUAGAAGACAGGGCUUCCGAAGUAGAUGGGAUAUUAUUCAUGGAUAGACGUGUGAAUUUCGGAGAAGCAUUGCCUUGAUCAAAAGCAACGAAGGAAACGGAAGCUGGAGGGGGUAUAUGGUGCUCAAAGGUAGGGUAGACAUUGCUGAGGUAGUAUUGUGAGAGGGCGUCUCUGGAACUAGGUACACUUGGGAUCUGGUCUGGAUCAACCUGACCCUGGGCUGAAGCUUGAACAUUUGCUGCAAAACUGUCUGGUGCUGUACCAUUUCUUGAAGCAAACUCGACAGGCGAAGCAGCAUUUGCUGGAUUAAAUGGUGCAUUGACUGGCGCUGGGAAUUGAGACAUUUGAGGGGUAAUCUGCUGAUUCAAAAACUGGCCUGCUGAAGAGUCCGAGUUCAGAAAUUGCGACGAUUGUACAUUUCCUUGAGGAAUUCCAUUGAAAGCUUGAGAAGAACCAGCCGGCGCUUCCACGUUAUGGUAUGCGUGUCUAUCCUUCUUCUUCUUCCGCCCGUGUGAUGCCACUUCGCCCAGUCCCAACCCGCCCAUCUGCGCUGCUAAUCCUCCAUCUUGUGGCUGCCCAGCUUGGUUUGGAAAGUAUCCGGAGUCUUGAGGACCUGGAUAGGGCGAAGGUGUGCCCAUCUGCGGAGCACCAUAUUGGUGUGGGGGUUGUCCUUGGGGGGUAUAGUUUGCGCCAGAUGGGGGAUCAUAUGGCGAGGGGGCAACUGCGGGGUUGAACUGAGGGGGUGCCACCUGUGGAUUUUGGUUUCUUGGGUCAUUGGGGUCGCCUUGGGCCAGCGAGUGGUACUGUUGGUAGUCGGACAUGGUGUAUUAUCCCCAAAGCAAUUACAGAGCUGGCGAAGCUAGGCGGAUAGCUCACGUAGAUGGUUUGUAUGAAAAAUCAAGAGAUCAUGAGAUUUGAGUCAUUUCAUGAAGGCGUUUCGGUUUCUGCUGAUUGGUAAAUAGUGAAAGUCGAUGGUGGCUGUGGUGGUGAUGGUGGUUGCGAAAUUUGUCGAUAUGGUGGUGUUGACACCGUGGAGAAUUCCCUUCAGGCCAGAAUUGGCAGAACUGGCAGAACUGGAUCCUUGAUAGGAAGUCACCAAGAACUGGGAGAACUGGGGAAACUGGUAGAAAAGCGGCAACCUAAGCUUGGAGUGACACAGUGCCAGAUCUCACUGAAUGUUUCACCAAUGUCAAUUCUAGCAAGCGCCGCUUUAUACGUGUCUUGCAUGUGCUUGUGGGACCUUGAGCUGUACUUCAGUACGGGACCCCUGGCAAAGAAACCUUGACGCGCUUUCUCCUGCCCAUCGCCAUCUCCUGCCCAUCGCCAUCGGCUCAUAGCGAACAUUUCCAAACUUGCGACAGUCAACACCAAGAAAUCAACACCAAAUCAACACCACCACCAUCCGCAAGACACUGGGACACAGUGAUAACACAAUCGCCCAACUAUGCGAAACACCAUAUAACAAGCAGAUUAGAGGCGUUGAUGCUAAGGCAGAGGCAGAGGAGUAGACUAGGGCUGAAAUCACGUUCAAGAUGUUCACUUUCUGCUCAUUGCUGGGCGCGCAAUCCGAAUCAGCGGCAUCGCAAUCGCUUCUUGAGCUUGACGGAGGAGUCAAGGUCUUGAUUGAUGUCGGAUGGGACGAGACCUUUGACGUAGGCAAACUAAAGGAGCUUGAGAAGUAGGUUGAGAUUUCUUUUGCAGGCUGUUUAUGCUAUGGCGAUGGGGAGAGGCGGUGGCUGGAUUUGCGAGAGAGGAAGAGCCAUGUAUAGCAGACAUCAAUCAACAUCAUUCAACUUGAUCCAACCUCAUCUGUGGCCUGCAUUCUCUCUUGAUCACCCAAAUAUUGAAGCCUCUGACGUCCAUCGCAGCGGUCUUUCUUUGUGCCCAUGCUGACACCUCACACAGAGUUGUUCCGACCCUUUCAGUGGUGCUCCUUACCCAUGCGACCACAGCACAUAUUGCAGCCUUUGCACACUGUUGUAAACAUUUCCCUCUGUUUACCCGAAUACCUAUUUAUGCGACAACGCCAGUUAUAGCUCUUGGAAGAACACUCCUUCAAGAUCUCUAUAGCUCCACGCCUCUCGCUUCUACCAUAAUCCCCCCCGAAUCCUUGACCGAAACCUCAUAUUCAUAUCCCCAAUCAUCUUCUUCAGAAGACGAGCGUAAUAUUCUUCUACAGCCGCCUACUGGUCAAGAGAUAGCUUCGUAUUUUGCGCUUGUCCAUCCAUUGAAAUACUCUCAACCCCAUCAACCACUUCCAUCGCCAUGGUCCCCUCCUCUCAACGGCCUUACGAUUACCGCCUACAACGCUGGUCAUACGUUGGGAGGAACAAUUUGGCAUAUUCAGCAUGGGCUAGAGUCAAUUGUAUAUGCAGUAGACUGGAAUCAAUCUCGUGAGAAUGUCUUGGCUGGUGCUGCCUGGUUGGGAGGAGCCGGUGGGGGUGGUGCUGAGGUGAUUGAGCAGCUAAGAAAACCAACAGCCUUGAUUUGUAGUAGUAAAGGCGGAGAAAGAGCCGCUCUGUCAGGGGGGAAAAGAAAACGAGACGAGCUUUUGCUUGACAUGAUCAAGUCCUCAGUAUCAAAGGGAGGAAUCGUACUUAUUCCAACUGAUUCAAGCGCUCGUGUACUGGAGCUGGCUUAUCUUCUGGAGCACGCUUGGCGAACCGAGAGCACUAAUGAAGACAGCCCCCUCCUUUCGGCAAAACCGUAUUUGGCAAGCAAAAAUAUCCAGGCUACCAUGCGAUAUGCAAGAAGUAUGUUGGAAUGGAUGGACGAAGGUAUUGUCCGGGAGUUUGAAGCAGUCGCUGGUGGCAACCAGAAUAAGCAGGCUGGAGAUGGGGAUUCGAAAUUGCCUUCAGGGGGUCCAUUCGAGUUCAAACACUUGCGCCUUUUGGAGCGAAAAGGUCAAAUUGAUCGAGUGUUAAACGAAACCGAUAGCCUUGGGAGAUCUAUUGGAAAGGUCAUUUUGGCCAGCGAUACAUCUCUAGAAUGGGGGUUCUCCAAAGAAGUCCUACGAAAGAUUUGCGAUGAUAGACGAAAUCUCGUCAUCCUUACAGAAAAACUAGGCGUGCCAUCACUGGAGACACCAAAUCUUGGUAUGGCAAGAACAUUGUGGUGUUGGUGGGAGGAGCGCAAGCACGGAGUUGCUACUGAGCCCGGAAGCAGUGGCGAAAACUUAGAGCAAGUCUACGCUGGGGGCCAAGAACUCACUUUGCGGGAGGCAAAACGAGUAGCACUCGAGGGAAAUGACCUUGGUGUAUAUCAGCAAUGGUUGGCAACUAGACACCAAUUGCAAACAACACAGGCUGGAGGAGCGACCACUUUGGAAACAUCUGCAGAUGUAAUUGAUGAUGCUUCAUCAGACUCCUCUUCCGACGACGAAGGCUCCGAGACUGAGCAGCAAGGAAAAGCUCUUAAUAUCUCAGCAACUAUGGGCCAGGCAAAUCGCAAGAAGAUCGGUUUGAGUGAUGAAGAUCUAGGAAUCAACAUUCUGAUUCGUAAAAAGGGGGUACAUGAUUAUGACGUUCGAGAAAAGAAAGGACGAGAAAAGAUGUUUCCUCUGGUCAUCAGACGAAAAAGAAAUGAUGAUUUUGGAGAAAUUCUUAGGAGAGAGGAUUUCCAAAGGGAAGAGGAACGCGACGAAGUGGACGGACCACAGCAAUCCGGAAAAUACGAUACCAAGGAUACGUUGGGCAAGAAACGGAAAUGGGAUGAUGUUCCUAACGACUCACGUGGAUUUGGUGGAAACAAACGCCAACAAAAUCAGGGAGCGCGAGAUAAUUCCGAGGAUGGAGAUCAGAACAUGCUUAUAGAUCCCAAAGAUGAUUUAGAGAUGGAAGUGGAAGAGAUCACUGGGCCUUCAAGAGCUGUCAUCACAACCGAGGUCCUCACUGUUGACCUCCGUGUAGCUUUCGUCGACUUUGGUGGUGUGCAUGACAAGCGCAGCUUGCAAAUGUUAAUACCACUUAUCCAACCUCGAAAAUUAAUUUUCGUUGGUGGAAUGAAAGGGGAGACAGCAGCUCUUGCCAUGGACUGUCGGAAACUUCUCGCAGCCAAAAUUGGUGGUGUCGAUGAAGCGUCCAUUGACAUUUUCACUCCACAAGUUGGCGACUGGGUUGACGCUAGUGUCGACACUAAUGCUUGGUCUAUCAAACUUACAGAUGCUCUUGUCAAAAAAUUAAGAUGGCAGAACGUGAAAGGACUCGGGAUCGUUACUCUUACUGGUCGACUUGAAGUCACUACGCAAGAAGUUCCAGAAAUUGAAGGCAAGGGAAGCAAUAAGAGGCAGAAGUUGAUCAAGGGGGAGGAAGAAAGCGUUGACACUCCAAUGAGCGAAAGUUCCCCAGCGGCACCAACCCAAGUAGAAGUUCCGACACUGGACAUCCUUCCAUCAAGCAUGGCAUCCGCCACAAGAUCCAUUGCACAACCACUUCACGUUGGUGACCUGCGAUUAGCAGAUUUGAGAAAGAUCAUGCAAGCUUCUGGCCACACAGCGGAAUUUCGAGGAGAGGGAACAUUACUCAUUGAUGGCUCGGUGAUUGUGAAGAAGACUGGUACUGGGAGGAUUGAGAUUGAGAGUUCCGGAAUUAUGGCUAUUCCUCAGAAGGAGAGUACUUUUUACGCGGUCAAGAGCAAGAUUUACGAGGGACUGGCUGUUGUAGGUGGAUAAUUUGGGACUCUGACGAUAGUGCUGUGCGUGGGUUGGAUCUGGUUGCAUUUUUGAGGCGCACUUUGUAACAGUAGUGUUUGUAUUAGCAGUAUGGGCAGCAUGGCUUUAGGCUAUGUCAAUUCUACGAUGUCACCUGA